AUGCUGACGGAGCGCUCCCCCAGCGACCCGCCGCGGGAUGCAGCGCGCGGCGCCGGAGCCGGCGCGGAGGGCGUCGGCGAGCCGGACCGGGGCUGGGGCUCCGGCAGCAGCAGCAGCAGCGGCGGCGGCGGCGGCGAGGCGGCCGGGCGUGGCGGGGGGCCGGCGCUCCCGGGGGAGCCGGCCUUGCCCAAUGGGGUGGCCAAGGAGACCGGCCGGCCGCCCCCCUCCCCCUCCCCCUCCGCCGGCCCGACGCCCCCCGCCGCGCCCGUGCCCGUGCCCGUGAUCGAGCUGGUGCGCGGCGGCCGCCCCGUCAAAGGCAGGGAGGCCAUGCACAGCCAGCCGGCGGACAGCAGCGGCGGCCGAGCGCCGGCAGCCCUCGCCCUCGCCCUCUCCGCGGGGCCCGGCACGCCCCCCGCUGGCGGCGGCAGCGACGGCAGCCACGACGGCCGCGGGGUGCAGCUCAGCCCCGCCGCCGUGCCCGUCCUCCCGCUCCAGCCGCCCGCCAGAGCCAUGCUCUACGGCCUCGGCGCCCCGCUCAGCGCCACCAGCAGUAGUUUUUUUGGGGAGCCAGACACCUUCUCAAUGUACAACAACAGUCGAGUGAAAAGAAGACCGUCCCCUUACGAAGUGGAGCUUUCUGAUGGUCCUCAUACAAAAGUGGUCCGUCGAAUAUUUACCAACAGCCGGGAGAGGUGGAGGCAGCAGAACGUCAACGGGGCCUUUGCCGAGCUUCGCAAGCUCAUCCCAACUCACCCACCUGACAAAAAACUCAGCAAGAACGAAAUCUUACGCCUGGCCAUGAAAUACAUCAACUUCUUGGCUAAGCUGCUCAAUGACCAGGAAGAAGAAGGAAACCAAAGGGGUAAAGUCAACAAAGACGCUGGCAUCGUGCAAGAAGAUCUCCUUCAGGACAUGUUGUCCCCAAACUCAAGCUGUGGAAGUUCAUUAGAUGGAGCAGGAAGCCCAGACAGUUUCACAGAAGAGCAUGACAUGUUAGAUUCUAAGCAUGCGAGAGGCAUCCACCACUCUAUUCUUCCAAUCGAAAGCAACGCGCAGCGAUGAUGA